AUGCACCGACACAGUCGCUACUACGCACGCCCGUCCGUGCUUGGUCGUGCCGGUUAUCGCGCUAGGCGUAGCGCUGAUCUGGGUGGUGGUGGUGGUGGUGGUGAGAGAAACGAUCUGGUCUGCCGCCUGAAUCGCCGUAAAAACAUGGUUACAAUUUUUAGUUUGACAAAGUCAGAAUUGGUGCUCCAAUUUUGUGAACAUAUUGUCCCGUUCAUCGCAUCUUGUCUGAACCAGAAAAUCAAGACAGAAGCAUGGCCCACAUCCGGGGAUCCUCCUCAAUCAAGCAACUCACUUCAGUCAUCGAUUUCUGGCACAAACUGCUCCACAAAUUCUACUUCUGUCGGUCUGGGUGGACAACUCAUUCCGUUGGCACCAAAUGGAAUGUGCACAUCCACCGGACUACCUCUCCCGGUCAAUUUUAUCCCCAGUUUGGCCUCUAACACUUUCGGGUCGACCCCACUUCUUCCUUCCACCAUCCUACCAACUUCGUUCCAUUCGGUACCUACAUCUGAGUUUCCGUCCAAUACCCCGUUGAUCACAUUCGCUCCCGGACUAACAGUAUCCUCGUCCGCGUCAUCUCUGUCCUCUUCGUCCACCCUAUCCGCAUCACCCGGUCCUAUUUCGACCCCGGUUGUAAACGGUGUUCUGACGCAGGCAUCUUCAGCAGUAACUGCUCCUACUGUUUCCUCUACCGGAUCACUCGGUGAGGAUGGUAUGAAGUCGUGUUCGGACCGAUGGAUGCUCGAUUCUCCCGCUACAAGUGCACCUUCAGACUCCGUUCAGUCCGACACUGAUUCCAUGACAAUGAUGGUGGUCGAUAAAGCGGAUGGGAACGAGACGAUGAUGAUGCUUUGUUCACGUUGUUGCGGCCUAUCGACCAAGGAGGAUCCGUUUCUUGUGUGCAAAGAUUGUGGCCAAGGAGUUUGUCUACGCGUCAUUCUCAUUUGUCCCAUUCGCUUCGAUUGGGCAAUGUAUUCGCCAUCUCGUCCGAAUUCGGAGAACACAUCUCUCGAGAAUAUAACCGAAACGGUAUUCAAUCGAUUACCAUCUGUUUAUCCUCGUUACGCGGCCACUACUAAUCUAUUUCACACUUCUGCGUGUCCGCAAUCUCCGACUGCUCUGAUUUGCGACAGUGUUUACGGUUACGGUGGUGAGCCGAUUCGGAAUUUACAUAGGAACGAAAUGCACGACAACUCGAUCUAUCCACACGCAUCAACAAGAGCAAUGACCACAUAUCCCAGCACAUUCUACGUACCAAAUUCCCACUCUGUUUCGAUUCCAACGGAAAUUUCCUUGGCAGAAGCAGUUAUGAAGAGACCACGACUAUCGUGUGAUUCUUACAUGUUCAGUGGCAGCACCGGCAACAAACUCUUUGUCGCCCCAAACACCAAUGCUCGUUUUCCUUUAUCUCUGAAAUCGGCGUCAAUAUCCGAGAAGCAGUUGACUCAUAAUCCGGGACGUGUGACCCAUAACGGAAUGAUGGUUAUCAAUAGCACGCGUAUUCAUUCGAUUGCUCCCUCUGAACAGGCUUAUGCCCAACAAGCAUUAGCUUCCCGGGCCAGUUUGUCCAAGGUGGAUACUCUUUUUGAGUCGAAGAAUAUGAAAUCUUUGCUCUCGGCGAUUAACGAGAGUCAGUUUGGAUCAGUUCGUAACAUAUCCACACCGACUGUGCUCCCCUGCUCACAAUUCGGAUAUUCAAUUGCACCGACAAUUUCCUAUCCGGAGAUAAAUCUUCGGACCACCACCGUGUCGAUCACGCUUUCGUCUACCACCGGUACUCCAUUAACCACGAGCAGUGCAACUAUCGAUCAGGCAUCAACACCCACAACGGCCCACAUAAGUGCCCGGAGCAAUCCGUCUGACAAGGAUGUUUCAACCAGUCGCUUGGGUAACGGAGUUAGGGCCACUCAAAUGGCCGCUUUCAAACACGAACCACGCAAACGCAAGGCCCAACCUCUGACUAUCAGUUCGGUGACCUCAUUACGUAUGACCGGUAUCAAGUCUGAUCCGAUGGAUUCAAAUCAGGUCAAUCCGGAAUCACAUGCACUGAUCACGCACCCCAGCAUCUCGAAUGACGCAUCGACCAUCGCGAACACUUCUUCCUCGUCGAUCCUCAUCACAUCCGGUUCUGAUUUAUCGCGAAUCCAGUCCGCUGUAGCUGCACCCCGUCCACAAUCCGUCCUCGUCCAACUGACACCCGGACCAACGCGCACAGUUUUCACCCAUGCGUCCAGCGGUGGCAUCAGCACUCCAAACAUUAUCAACGGUUCUGCUGCCGUUCAACGAAAUUCAUUUACAAAAAAUGCGCGCCUGAACCCGAGGCGCCCCAUUUUACCGAAUACACUGCGCAGACCAGGUUUCCAAACGUUGCAUCCUCUUCAUUGGCUAACAAAGUCACCGGUCAGAUUUGGUAUACAAGACGAGUCUGUCCGUCCUCCAGCUCUAUUAUCAACCAAAACUCGAAUGCAAUCAGCCAAUAUUUUCGAUUCGAUUGUCACCAAAUCACUCUCAUCGAAUGAAUUGUCAAACCAAUCGAUCGGUGUUGUUUCUGUGGCUGUAUCAAAGCAUGCAGAAACAACGUUCACAUCGAUUGAUGACUUACUAUGGCAUCGGAAUUUCUUCGGCAAAUCCAAUCCUCAACAACUGGUGUAUACUUUGGUCUACCUGUUUGCACGCACCUUUCAAUUGUGGUCCGGUGUUCAAUUGAGUAAGUUACGUUUCGGUUUCCGUAGCCAGUUCACCUUUGUCCUACUCAAACCGGGCGAGACGACUAAACCGAUUGAAGUUUUUCGGUCAGCUUCGACAAAUCGUUUCACAGCGAUAGAUUCAAAUCUAUUUCGAGGUGACUUCAAAUCGUUGCUGUUUCUUCCUCGACUUCGUCUACUGUAUGCACCUCAACUGGAUGAAGAUGAAACGGAGCAAACCACAGAUUUGCCCAUACACAGCGAUUCCGGAUCUGCAUAUCCUGGAUCCAGUGUCAAUCAGACAGUUAAUACAAGUGAGAGUCGACGCUAUUUGCUCGAUCAUUUUGAGGCAAACAGUCAUGAACGAUGUCUUCUCUGUUACCAUGCUCUCUACUUAUCCAAGAGACACAGCACUGGAACAACCCGGGACGUGGAUCCAUACUUUUUAGCCUGGGAGCCUAAUCCCACUCCGAACAAAUGGUUCCGAGCGGAUCCGCUUGAAGCACAUGGAUUAUCCAUGAUCUUGCAAACUAUUCGUACCGCUCUGGACUGUGCCAAACUGAUGCAUCGAAAGUCUGCGCUCACAUUGAACCCUAUCGAUUUCGUCACCACUAAAACAUUUGGUUAUCCUGGCGAAUCGAUUGAGCUCAAGAGUCAUGGUGAUGAUAGUCCUCUGAAUCUAGUGAUUCGUGAACAACGCACCUGUUCGAACAAUUUCUCUGGCACGACAAAGUCUCAUCCGACUUGUUUGGAUUAUUGGCCUGAACUGACGGAGCGUGCACGACAAUCGCCUUGGCAAUGCUCGGACUGCAAGACUUGUACGGUGUGUCAAGGAAAAGGAUACGAAAGUGAACUUCUGAUUUGUGAUGCCUGUGACAAAGGAUUCCAUCCCGAGUGUCACGUACCGAAUCUAGAGGAACCGGUCGAUCGAAGCUUACCGUGGGUUUGUGCAGCUUGUCAAAAGGAGGGCUAUUCCGUUGCCAUAGGAACGCUGCCAGGUGCUCCGGACAACACAUUUCCCACGUUGUCCGGCCAUAUGGAUAUGAGUUUGACUCACGCUGAAGCGAAAUAUCCCGAGAAUUCUAUGCAAUCGGAUCCUGGGUUGAAUUCUAUGUCCGAGGCGGGUCAAGCAUCAGAAUCGACCAAAACCCCACUCAAGUCGACAUCCACCGAACCCCCGACUAGUACUACACCAAAUCAGACACGUACUCCCAUAACCGAUCACUCACCUCAAAACGAUACUAAUGCGUUCACGUCGUCCGUCAAAUCGCCCAUCAAACCGAUUGACAACUUGCCGAAUACGCCGGCACAUGGUGGUCCGGUGAAUUCCGCAACCGAUAGAACCGAUUCAUCUCCCGAACCACUAUCUUCGAGCGCAUCUAAAAAUCAUUCAACCAUCAACACAGCUUCAACUGAGGAGCAUGAAGCACACAAUUCUGUGCACGAAGUGUCCAGUUCCCCGCCCUCAACAGAUCCCAUAACUCAACGAGGUAAUGGUCACGAGUCCUGUGCGGACGAGUGUAAUUUACAUCCGCCCUCAUUGGAUAUGGCUCACUUUGUUUCUCGUCCGGAAGAUAUUCGUGCGUGGUCUGUCGAACAUGUUCGGGAUUGGUUACUGGAGGAAGGAUUUCAUCGUGAAUCGGAAGCAUUUUUCCAACAAGAGAUCGAUGGAGCCUGUCUGUUACUGAUGAAACGCAUGGAUGUGCUGACCGAAUUGGGUAUCAAACUCGGUCCGGCGGUGAAAAUCUACGAGCGUAUCAAACGUCUGCAGUCCCGUUGCUCAUCACCAAAUAUUAUGUGCUCGUAG